AUGAAGGCUCUAGUAGUGGCCAUUACCCCCAAAGGGGCGCUUGGGUUUCUGACCGCUGGCGGUCUCACCCUGUUUGUGCUGGGUAGGUGUCGUCGUCACACGCGCGCAGGCAUCGCUCUGAUUCUGGGCUGCGGCAACAUGCCGCGCUGCGAGAUCCCUUACAACAUCAACACCAACUCCAAAGGCGUGGUGGAAUUCAACGCGUCGGCGUGCCCGAAGCUUGCCUCUCCGCUCAAGGGCAACUACGGUUUCUACUACAAGCUGGCCGGCUACUACCAGAACCACAAGGAUUACCGUCGCAGCAUCGACUACAACCAGCUCUUCGGUAACGUGACGGAUCGUGUGUCAGACCUAGCGAAUUGCGGGACGUACAUGACCGACACCGACGGCAAAAUCUUGUACCCGUGUGGCGCGGUAGCUCGCACCGUGUUCACCGACCGCUACGAGCUGUUCUCCGACAAAGCGCUGCAGACGGCGAUUGAGCUCGACGAGAGCCGCGACGCCAUUUGCAACAAGCGCGGCGUGCACACGCUGUUCCGUAACCCGUCGGCUUCCCAGGUGCGCCAGUACCACUCUAGCGUCUCCUUUUGGCUCCAGAAGCCCAGCAUGCGUCGCGCGUUGAACAUGGACAAGCCCAACGUCGGUGAGGGGGUUGAGAACUCCCACUUCAUCAACUGGGUUGAGCCCGCGUCAACUUCUACUGUGCGGAAACUGUACGGUGUUUUCAAGGCCGAUGACCUUAAGCUGCCCAUCUACGUCAACAUCGACGUGACCCAGCGCAUCUCCACAGUCGUGCGGAAGAGCGUGAUCAUCGAGAAAUACACGACCCUAUCCAGCGUUGGCUACAAGAUGGGCGUCUGCUACGUGGUGGUGGGAGUGUUGAUCCUGGCGAUGGCCGGUCUUUCCGCGGGCUACACCUACUUCAAGAAAUGGAUGUACCCGCCUCCGCCACCUCACAGGUGCUGCGGCCACGAUCACGACCACGGUGCGCCAAACGAGGAGGAGGGCGGCAGCAGCAGCUCCAGCGAGCUUCGUAAGGGCCAUGGUCACGACCACGGCCAUGACCACUCCGAGGGCCAUGGAGAUGACCACGGCCACGGUCACGACCACGGCGAGGGCGAUGAUCACGGUUGCGGCGAUCACGACGACGGUCACGGCCAUGGCCACGAUCACGGGCAUGGCGAGGACGAUGGUCAUGACCACGACGGCCAUGGCCAUGGCCAUGACGGCCACGACCAUCACGAUGCCCCGAAGCCGCGCAUCGAGGAGAUCGUGGAUGAGCCUAGCGAUGACCUCCCGCGGCACCGCGGUUCCUGA